AUGGCGGUCACCAAAGACAAUCGAACACUAGCAAUACUCAAUGCCGCUGCAAAAGGCAAUUAUGGCGUCAUGGCUGCAAUCGCCUACAACGUUGAGCAAUUGACAGCCCUCGUUCGCGCGGCGGAAUCGAAGCGAUCGCCCUUGAUAAUCCAGCUGUUCCCAUCGACCCUCAAGCAACUGCCCCUUCUCGCCCAUGCGGCUGCGCAUGCCGUAAAAACCGCAACAGUACCGCUAUCUUUACACAUCGACCACGCGCAGAAUGUGGAGCACAUCCGAGAGAUCAUCGCGACGCUACCGGUCGACUCAGUUAUGGUCGACAUGUCGCAUUACGAUGAAGCCGAGAAUCUAGAGAAGACUCGGAUACUGACCAAGGAGUGUCAUGACAAAGGCAUCGCUGUAGAAGCAGAGAGCGGGCGGAUAGAAGGUGGCGAAGAUGGUAUUGCCGAUACAGGAGAUCUUGAAGCGCUCUUCACGUCGCCUGAAGAUGUCGACAACUUCAUCAACGCCGGUAUCGAUAUAUUAGCCCCAUCAAUCGGAAACGUACACGGCGAUUACGGCCCCGCUGGUCCGAAGGAGGGACAACUACACUACGACCGCCUCGAAGCGAUAGACAAGCAGAUAAACAAGCGCGUCUUGGUCGCGUUACACGGCACCAAUGACUUUCCUGCUGAAGUCAUGCAAAGAUGUAUACGAUCUGGCGCAAUCAAGCUGAAUGUAAACAAGCUUCUACUUGAGGUGGGAAAUGAAGUGCUGAGGAAGCACGCACCAACUACUUCCCUAGCGAAGUUGAUUGAUAUGCAGAUAGAGGUCAUACAGAAGGAGACGGAGAGGUGGAUGGACAUUUGUGGUAGUAGCGGUAAAGCUUGA